UUGCCUUUUGUUUCCGAGGUGGAGCCUGAUACCCCGACUUCUCCGAACUGAACUGCCGGCGGAGCAGACGGACAAGAUAGGACUGGGACCAGCAGUCGGUGGCACAGAUCCGGGACGCAGUAGAUCGGGGAGGGACCUUAAAGGCGGCUGCAAGGGAAGAAGAGGGAUUUUGUGGAGCGCUUCGUACAGUGAAAUCAUUUAUCAACCCAGCUACACACGGCAGAGCUUCAAGAAAGAUGAAUUCUUUCAUCCUGCUGUCGCUUUUUGCCACGGUUAUCGUCGGAAAGUCACCUCGGCUGAAAUUUGUUGUGCACGAGCCCUCCAGGUUCCACUUCAACAAACCUGAGAAUUACAUCAGCAUGUACCACCAGGAAGGGAGUGACACGCUGUAUGUGGGCGGCCAGGCGAUGGUCUACGUGCUGACGUUCACUAACAGAGGGGUCCGUGACCUACAGAUCCCAGCGGCAUCUGAUCAGACUGCAAUUGAUACCUGCAAGGCCAAGGCUGCACCACUCGAGCUGGAGUGUGAUAAUUUCAUCACCGUCAUUCAGAAAGUAAACGACACAAUCAUAGUAUGUGGUACAAACGCCGGAAGCCCCAGGUGCUGGAUGCUGGUAAAUGACACUGUGCUGACUGACGUCCAGGGCAAUGGACAGAUAGCAUCGGCCUCUGACAUUUCACCACCUUACCCUUCCCAGAGGUCUAUCAGCUUGCCUGCAGAUGGGAGUCUGUAUUCUGCAAUGUCGUCAGUGGCAGGUCACCCCGGCAUGAUCCGGCGUACAUUUGGCUCACAGAAACUCCUGAAGACGGAGAACAUUUGGCUGCUGAAUCCACAGUUUGCGGGUGCAGCCAUAAUCCCAUCUUCACAAAAGUUCAAGGAGGAAGUCUACUUCUUCUUCAGUGAGCUUAACAAGACAGCCAGUGUGGACGAGGAGCCUUACAGGGCCCGCAUUGGCCGAAUCUGCACGGUGGAUGAAGGGGGCAUCAAAAACCUGUUGGCAGACUCGUGGACCACCUUUAUGAAGGCCCGGGUGAUGUGCGGUGCAGGAAACACUCAGCAGCAGUACAACAACAUGAAACAGGCGGUGGUGCUGACAGCACAGGACAAGAGGGCUGGGGUCUUGUAUGGCCUCUUUUCCAACGCAUGGGGCAGGACAGUGAUCUGUGCUUACUCCAUCGAAGAUAUUGACCAGGCUUUCUCCACGUCUAAACUGAAGGGCUACAGCAGUCCAUUAACUGGUCGCCCUGGGAUGUGUGUCAAAAACGCGACAGCGGGAGGUCACAACAUCAAGAACCUCGGGGUGAUCAGAUACCACCCAGAAAUUGAGGAUGUGAUCCGGCCUGUCGGUGUGGCUCCACUCGAUCUGCCCACAGAUGACCAAAUCACACGUACUGUGGCAGACAUUGUCCUAGCGGUCAACGAUGAGCACUACAGUGUCCUUUACCUCGGAACAGAACAAGGCAAAGUUCUCAAAGUUCUUCACACCAGUGAGGGGGUCUUCAUCAUAUCUCAGUACUCGCUGUUUCACAAUGAGGGCCCCGUCCUAAACAUGGCCAUCGACUCCCAAAAGGGACACCUGUAUGUUGGUACAGCGAUGGAGAUACAGCGACUGCCACUGGCUGACUGCGGUCGCUAUGGCGACACAUGCAGGGAGUGCAUCCUUUCCCGGGAUCCGUACUGCGGCUGGGACAGAGCCAGGAGGAAGUGCAUCGCCAUCCCGCCUGGAUACAACGUCACGACUGGGGCACUCGUUCAGAAUCUGGACCAUUCAAACUCCUCGGUUUGUGGGGAAGCUGCUGCUCUGAAGCAGCGUCGGACUUCCCCCAAAGAAGUUUUUGUGCAGUCCAACACCUCUGUCUUUCUUGCUUGCCCUGUGCGUUCCUUCCAUGCUACCUACCGCUGGGAGAAGGACAACUGUGUCAGGAACUAUCCCUGCCUCUUCUCUGGGGACUUCUGUGUCCUGGGGCCCGCUGUCGACACGCCCCUGAAGGAAGGCGUCUUCCGCUGCAUGGCCACCGAGGACGGAUUCAAGGUGGAGGUUAUCUCUUUCAGGCUGGUGAACAACGGCAGGCUCCUGGCCGCCUCCCUGGCCUCCACCUUGGGGCCGUCGCUCCUGCUCGCCGUGGCUGCCCUGUGGCUCCAUUAACUACUGCUAACACUAAUGCUAACCCCUCAUCCUUACUGGCUCCCAAUGACAGGAAAGACGAGGAGCCGCUGUUAGGAGGUUAGGUUCACAGAGCACUGAAGUACAUGGUUGGGUUGAACAGUGAAAAUUCAUCAGUUGAAUGGAGGAUUAAAUUCUGUAUUUUUUGCAUAAAGCUACAUAUCUGCAGCUGCAGCUGCCUUAAUAAAAUCAGAACUGGAAAACACAUUCAUUAACAUUCAGACUAAAGUAACUAGGACCUUGAACUGACAGGUCUUGCAAGUCAAAUCUAGAUUCAACCAUAAUUAGGUGCUUUGCGAACCUUUCUUCUCUGACACAUAAAGAUAAACAUAUCGUAUGAGUGGGGCAAAAAAAAACACCAAUACCAGGCCAAUUCUUUUUACCAUUUCUCUACUUAUUUUGAAAUCGACUUGAUUGUGCUUAUUUGUGAAUAUAUAAACCUUUAAUACCGCUCUUACAUCUAGUCAUUCAUCUUCUUAAACUUCAUUGGUAUAGCUCAUUAGUACUUAGAAAAAUGUCUGGUAUUGAGAUUAAAAAAGCCUUAACACUUCUGGGACAUAAACUCCUAAGCACAAUUUUGCAGUCGAGGCAGAAUACUGCAGACUCGGUUGGACUUGGCGCUAUAAUUAGUGCAGCUGAGUCUAACAACAUCGCUGGGAGGAAGUGUCAGCUUUUUGACAGGAAGUAGGCGGAUGGGCAAGAGCUCAUUCUCGAACAUCACUGUGUCUCAGCACCUCCUUCUCAGACGAGGCAGUUUCUUGCAUCUUUUUAUCAGAUGGUAUCAGACAUCGUUAUUACGCCUUGUUCACAGCUUUGUCCGUUGUUUUUCUUUUUACAUACCAUCGUCUUUCCUCCUCCCCAGAGCAUCAGAAACAAACCACUCGGUCUUACAGGAUGUGAAAAACACAACAUCGCCUACAGCUCCUUUGGAAAAAAGUUACAGUACAGAGCAAACCACACUCAGAAUCCUACAACAAGAAAGUCUUAAUAAAAAAACAUUGAAUAAUUAAAUAAAUCUCUAUUUAGAUUCUGGACCUUUUCUAAUAGGUUUGGAGAGACGGUGGUUGCAAGUUAUGUCAAACAGCAGUUACCUUUUUGCUAAUUUUGGGUAUGUUGGCGUCAUUGUGUCCAUUAGUUUUUAGAAAACAGAGAAAAGAUGAGCUAUUGAGCUAUGCUGCAAAUGACAUCCAAUUUCUGUCAAACCAACAAUGCGUAAAGAUGUGAACAAGGUGUUCCGCUAUAGCAAUUUCAAUAAACACAUAUACCAUAAGGGCAGAUGAAGCUAAAUUGAACUGCAUAUUAAGCUUGCAUUUUAUAGUUUGUCAGGAGAAAAAAAGGCUUGUACUUAGACGUGUGAAGUAUGUUCUGUAUUUUACUGCUCUGCAGUUGCUGAUUUCUACCAUUGCUGCCUACGUAUGUGAAACUUUGUCUUGAUUGUUUGGGUUUUUAUGCCAUAGUUAGAAUGUGAUACGUAACCAUUGACUGCUUUGCCUCUCUCCCCAGGGACAUCAGUGCAAAUAGACAAGAAAAUGGUUAUUGUUUACCUGUAUUUCUAUGCUGUGAAACAAAAGGCUUGACAGAUUCCAUGAAGAUGCUUCACUGAUGUACAGCAGCAACCACAACCAGCAGCAUGAGUGGCGGCUUUAGGUUUCAACAUCACCUUACAUCCGCAGCACCAUCCUUUAACCCCUCCUCUGAUAACACAACAUUUAUUAAGACUAAAGCAGAUAAAAGCUGAAUGUAAAAUGGAAAUUAGAGUUGUGAAUGUAGCUGCAGUUCAACAGCACUGAAAUGCCAAAAACUAAUGCCAAACCUUAUGAAUACUGAUCAGCUGACUGAAGAAGUAGGCUUGUGCGGUGAUGAAUUAUGCAGCGGAUUAGCAUGUUCUCCAGAGCUUUGAGAAUUAUCAUUCAGUAAUGUUACAUAAAUCUGGCCGUGCCGAGCAUUCCACUGUGGCAGAGAUGUCAUUAAUAGCUAAUUAGACAAUGGAGCCGGCUCGUCAUGCACCGUAUUAAAGAAUUUAUUUUACACCAUCAGGGAUACGGGCAGCAUGUUCUGAGCUGUGAAGUAGUGUCGUAUUUCUCACUCAGCUCGGUUGUGCGUUGCUGCUUGGGGAUCUGCUUGUUUUCUGCAUUGCACUGACGCGGGCUAUUGACUGUGCCAAAAAAAAAGGGAAAAAAAAACAAAACAAAGCUAUGUUGAGCCACCUCAUCCAUCCAGCGCUUAUUGCUUCUUCUUCUGUUCAUUCGCUAAAUCCCUCGGUCCUUACCUCGCAUAAUAUUUUGUCUCGGACAAACCCUGAGAGCGUGUACAACAUCUCCACGACUAAACCCACAAACACAAACCUACUGCAGGUCUGACAUGCAUAUUAAUCUUCUUUGUGUCUCUGUUUCGCACCAGGAUGGGAAAUUAACACCAGCCACCAGCCAAGCGCUGGUAAACAUUUAGUAGAGGCUGUUAACAAAGUCCAUGCUGCCAGAGACUUUUGGCAGGAAAAUAACUCAACAACAUACUCAGAUGUGCUCAAGGUAUCUUCCUGUAUAACCUCCUUUAUAUUGUAACCAUAACUGCUGUGUAUGUGUGGUUGUGAUUUGACUCACUAUGAGAGGAGAGGCCAGUGCUAUCCAAUGCUAAUUAGGCAAAUGAAAUCUGGCAUCGUAAAGUCUGAUGGGUCUCUCUCAUUGUUCUGAUAAGUAUGAUGGCUUGUACUAAUACCAUAAAGUAAGUGUUAAAACCCUCUGCUUAGUAAAAUUAAGUAAUUUAAAUCUAUAUUUAAUAAUGAAAACAUAAUCGGAAUAUCCAAAUAUGUUGAAUAACCAUAGAGGGGUCCUUUUCAAAAUGUGUUAAAUAUUUGAUGCAGUGAGCAGUAUGUUAAUUGCUGGUCCAGCGGAAUAAAGGAGUUUUAUCCAAUUCAUAAUCUACAGAGUUAGUAGUAAAUACAGCCAUCAGAUGCAGUGAAAGUGGAGCUGAAAGUAUUAUAUUUCAAUAAAAUUACAGGAGUAAAGAGUCUCUCGAAAAGGAAAACUAUAAAUGAGUGCAUUAUGUCAUUAAAUGUACUUCUCCUGACUGCACAAGAAUGUACUUGGACAUUUAAUGCGCAUUGAAACUACUACUAAUGUUUUGUCCAAAGUGACAUUGUACAAAUGAGGUACAAUCCAAGCCACAGUAGAUCAAGGAGAAGCCUUUCGAGAAUAUGUGCCACAACUACCAAGGAGAAAUAGGAGCCAUCUCAACAUCAACAACAAUCGUUAUUCUCUUUUAUCUUUACAUUCUUUAUUUAUUUAUAUAGAUUUUUUUUCGUUACUUUUUUCAGCUGUUAAUAGCUCCUCCAUCUCAGUUGUGCUGUGGGACACUAGUGCUGUACUCAGCACUACACUCCAAUUUUCUGGUCAUGGUGUAUUUUUGUCAUUGCACACAGAAUAGGUUGGUGUUAUAGUGUGGAUUUGGGACUAAGGGGUUUGUGUUCUCAGCAAGAGAGAGGACCUUGUAUCACAGAUUGUUAAACAUGGUCAGACAGGUGUUGCUGUGCAGACCUGCUUGUAUUUUCCCCUCCUCAUGAUGAGGAGCAGGCAGGUGGAAUCAGACCUCCAUCAUUCAGCACUUUACUCAGUCAUCAUCCUCAACUCAACAAGGCUUUGGUUUUAUAUCCACACUUUCAAGCUAAUGUGUGGAAUUAAGAUUUAUAGCAUUUACCAACAUUUCCUUUGUGUUCAAGUCCUUGCUUUGAUACGGAUAUAUACACGGCUGCUUUAUCGGAAUUUAGUUAUCGUUCACUCACAUCCAUCAUCGUCAGCCAGUCCGAUAAAGGCUAAUCUCCUUCAAAGCAAGCUCUUGAUUUGCCUUCAGGAAACCAUUUUAGUAGAUCACGCUAUCUGCUGUGAACAAAUCGAUGUGGAGUGAAGCGGGUCGCUGUUUUGUUUGCUCUGGGGUUUUGAGUGUCAAGUACUGUACAUGAUGUGUGCCCAUGAUUAUGUGUCUUGAUAUAUCUAAUUUUAAAAGUAACAUGCCAAACUCUAUUAUUAAAAAAAGAGAUUUAUAUUGGUGCCAUGCCACUCUAAUGCCAUCUCAUAACAUGUAUUUUUAAAAAAACAGAUAUCUAUAGUGCAAUAGAUAUUCAUGUAACAAAUCCAUAUUGACAUGUGUUUCCCUGAACAUGUGCGGUGAAAAUUAA